GUCUGAUAGAAAUUUGGUUUCUUGGAAUGCCAUGAUUUCAGGAUAUGUUCAAAAUGGUAUGAUACAUGAAUCAUUUUUGCUCUUUCAUGGAAUGGUUCUUAGUGGUGCCUCAUUUGAUUCAGGAACCUUGGUGAGCCUUAUUCAGGGUUGUUCCCACACAUGUAACUUGGAGAGCGGAAAGAUCCUCCAUGCUUGUGUCAUAAGAAAAGGAUUUGAAUCAAAUCUAAUUUUGUCCUCUGCAAUUGUUGACAUGUAUGCUAAAUGUGGUGCUGCAAAGCAGGCAACUACUGUUUUUGGAAGAAUGAAACAAAGGAAUGUGAUUACUUGGACAGCUAUGCUGGUGGGUUUAUCACAAAAUGGCUAUGCAGAGGAUGCCCUGAAAUUUUUCAUUCAGAUGCAAGAAGAGAAUGUGUCAGCAAAUUCUGUCACUCUUGUUAGUCUUGUACAUUGCUGUGCCCACAUGGGAUCUCUCAAGAAGGGUAUGAGCAUCCACUGUCAUUUAAUCCGACAUGGUUAUGCAUUUGAUGUGGUUAAUAUGUCAGCCUUGAUUGAUAUGUAUGUCAAAUGUGGUAAACUUAUCUCAGCUGAGAUACUAUUCAAUCAUGGAUUCCAUUUAAAAGAUGUAAUAUUUUGUAACUCUAUGAUCAUGGGUUAUGGCAUGCAUGGUCAUGGACUCCAUGCUAUUGGUGUCUAUGAUAGAAUGAUAAAGGAAGGCCUUAAGCCAAAUCAUGCUACAUUUGUUUCUCUCCUAGCAGCUUGUAGCCACGCAGGACUUAUCGAAGAAGGUAAGACUUUAUUUCAUAGCAUGGAAAGGGAUCAUAACAUUAAGCCUACUGAAAAACACUAUGCUUGUCUUGUGGAUCUUCUUAGUCGAGCUGGCCAUCUGGAGGAAGCUGAGGCAUUGGUGAAACAAAUGCCUUUUGAACCCAGCACUGAUGUGCUUGAAGCUCUGCUUAGUGGUUGCCAAACCCACAAGAACAUUGAUAUGGGCGUAGAAAUAGCAGACAGAUUGCUAUCUUCAGACUACUUGAAAUGUGGAAUUUAUGUGAAGUUAUCAAAUAUAUAUGCCCAAUCAAGAAGAUGGGAAUCUGUAAAUUAUGUAAGAAGCCUCAUGAGGACAAGGGGCUUGAAGAAAACACCUGCUUAUAGUUUGAUUGAAGUGGAAAACCAGGUAUGCACAUUUUUUGCUGGUGAUGAUUCACAUCCUAAAUGGGCAGAUAUUUAUGAGUUAUUAGAAAAUUUGAGAGUUGAGGUUGAAGCUCAUGGUUAUGUGCCUGAUACAAGUUGUGUUCUUCGCGAUGUGGAUGAGCCAAUGAAAGUGAAGUUGCUAUGGGGACAUAGUGAGAGAUUGGCUAUAGCUUUUGGUCUUUUAAACACACCAUACGGAAGCUUGCUUAGAAUUACAAAGAACCUUCGUGUUUGUGCUGAUUGUCACACUGUUACUAAAUACAUAUCAAAGAUAGUUAAGAGGGAGAUUAUUGUUAGAGAUGCUAAUCGCUUUCAUCACUUUGUUAAUGGGAAAUGUUCCUGCAAUGAUUUUUGGUAACAAGGAGACUCUGAGAAGAUAUGUAUGCAUAGAAAAAUUCAAGCCUGGAAUUGAACAUUAAAUAUAGCAGACGCUUCUUGAAAAUAUGAUGGCUAGAGAAGCUUUUUGUGGCGUUAGCUUGA